AUGGCCACACCAGAUGUCCUCAUCGUCGGCGCGGGCCCGACCGGUCUCGCGCUCGCCCUCUGGCUCACCAAGCUCAGCAUCAGCGUGCGCAUCGUCGACAAGGCCGCGGCGCCGGCGACCACGUCCCGCGCGCUCGCCGUGCACGCGCGCACGCUCGAGCUGUACGCCCAGAUCGGCCUCGGCGGGGCCGUCGCCGCGCGGGCCGCGCACGUCACCGGGCCGAACCUGUGGUCGGGCGGCACGCAGCGCGCGCGCCUGCGCUUCACCGACGUGGCUGUCGGGCGCACCGCGUACCCGUACGUUGCGGUGGUCUCGCAGCACGAGCACGAGCAGCUGCUGACGGCGCGUCUGGCGGCGCUGGGCGUUGCCGUGGAGCGCGGCACGCGCCUGGAGGGUUUUGCGGAAGACGCGGCCGCGGGGUCCGUCAAGGCGGUGCUCGCAACAGCGGAUGGAGCGAGGGAGACGUGCGAGGCGAGAUAUAUCGCGGGCUGUGACGGCGCGCACUCGGCGGUGCGGCGCAUCACGGGCAUGGGCUUCCCCGGUGACACGUACGAGCAAGUGUUUUACGUGGCGGACAUUGAAGCGACCGGGCCGGCCAUGAACGGCGAGCUGCACCUGUGUCUCGACAGCCACGACUUUCUGGGCAUAUUUCCGCUGGCGCAAAAGGGCUGCGCGCGCCUCAUUGGCAUCGUGGCGCCGGCGGCCUGCUCCUCCGCGACGACGCCGAGCUUUGACCAGGUCCGCGGCCGCGCCGUCGACGAGAUGCGGCUGGGCGACAUCAAGGUGCGCUGGUUCACCACGUACCGGGCGCACCACCGCGUGGCGGACCGCUUCCGCCACGGCCGCCGCGCGUUCCUGCUCGGCGACGCGGCGCACAUCCACAGCCCGGCGGGCGGCCAGGGCAUGAACACGGGCAUCGGCGACGCCGUCAACCUCGCCUGGAAACUGGCAGCCGUCUUGCAGGACCGGGCCCCCGACAGCUUGCUGGACACGUACGAGGAGGAGCGCAUCCGGUUCGCGCGGAAGCUGGUGGCCACCACCGACAAGGUCUUUACGUUUAUGACGCGGCGCGGGUGGUUGGCCGGCCUCGUGCGCUCGGCGUUUGUCACGUACAUUCUCCCCGUCUUGUUCGGCUUCCGGGCUGUUCGUCAACGCGCCUUUCACAGCCUGUCGCAGUUCAUCCUCGACUACACAGGCACGACGCUUGCUGGCGCCAGCCCGACGGUCGGUACUGUCAAGGCUGGUGAGCGCCUUCCGUGGGUUCAAAUCGACGGACAGGACAACCAUCAAUCGCUUGCCCAUAUUGAGUGGCAACUUCAUGUCUACGGAACUGCCGACGAGCAACUGACGACAUGGUGCAAAGCGGCUGGCCUGAGGCUGACGGUGCUCGAAUGGGCGCCCGAGUAUGCCACGGCCGGGCUUUUGAAAGAUGCCGUCUACCUGUUGAGACCGGAUACAUAUGUCGCGCUCAUCGACACCGAAGCUGACCCGACAAAUAUUGAGCAGUAUUUCUCAGAGCGACAGCUACGUUUGGGAUCCGAAUGA